CGUAGACUUUUACUAAAAGCUAUGAAGACACAUGUGAUUUCUUUUUAAUUGCGAUUUCCCCUUACCCAUCCCUAGAGAGUGACAAGAGCACGUGACUUGCCUGAUGGUGUCUUGGUCAAAGAUCGGAAGAAGAUGGCGCUAAGCGUACUAGUUUUCUUCCCCAACGCAAAGUCUGUGAUACUUCUUUCUCUCUACUUCGGCUUACUCUUCCAGGAUGUGGAAUCCAACCCACUGAGCUCUGGCCACAAGAAUGCAAAUAAACCGCAGGAGUCUCUUCCACAAGCUGGAGGACUAUUUGGAGAUUUUAUAGAUGGAGGAGGGUCCAGCUGUGAUAAUAUCACGUGCAAACUGGUGUUCAAUGAUACAGACAUCGAGCGAUUCCAGAACCUCGUCGAUUCGGAUGCACUUGCUAUAUUUAUGUUCGUGACCCUCUCGAAUGACACCCUUGAAAACUCUGUUAAAGACCACUAUUCUAAUUCAGCAAACAAAAUCUUCCCUUUUGCAAUGCAACUCAGAGAAAAAUGGGCCUGGGUUCGAAACCGCCGCGGAAAAUUCCUGGCAACAUUGCCGUAUGAUUUUGAUAUUCUGUCUCUCACUAUGCUCACUCGCGAUGUCUACGAUCUUUCUUUGACAAUCACUUCAUUUCCAUCUGUAUGCUAUGCGAAUGUUUCAGCUACCUGCCUACAAAGUCUAGCAGCAGAAGCAAUAUUGAAUAUGGUCCAAGCACAGGGUGAUGUAUGUUUGAAAGUUGAAAAACUAAAGUCAACCUUCAAGGAUUCUGGCUAUGUAUGCUGCCGCCACCUUAGAGGCCAUGCAGGGCGUGUAAUCUGUGACGUUAAUAUAGCUAAUAACAGUUGGGUCGAAUUUGGUUUGGGGCUGCUUUGGGCAGUCUCAUUUCUGUUUGGGCUUCUAUCACCACUCCUAUUCAAGUACCUUCCGAAAGAGUUUCAUCGUAGUGGGCAUGCUAAAAGAUCUACAAGAGGGUUGCAUCGCUCUUCAAGCUCCUCUUUUGAUGAAUUUGAGAAUACCUACAGACAUGAUAGACUUUUGCUGAUUUCUAAGGCUGAUGGAUUCUUGGAUGUCAUUAGACAACAGACUGAGUCAGUAUUUGUGUCACGUUUUUGCCGUUGUUUAUUUGUCAUUGUCCUAAGCUUCCUUCCAAUCCUUCAAGCAUUGCUCUACUGGUUUUUGAAGAAGUCUGAAGUUGGCAUCACUGAGCAGUUACAGGGUGUAGGAGAUGCCUUUAUAACCCUUUUAGAGCCCACAGGGAAGUUUGUUGUCCUUACGCUUUAUUGCUUUUGCAUUUUGCUAGUCUCAAUAGCUGUUGCCAUCCCAAAGACACUGUCUGAGCUGGCAAGGAGGUUGUGUGGGAGAAAGGAUGAGAAAAGCUUUCUUGGAUUCAAAAAGCCAGAAGAACUAAUUGUAACCUCGGACAAGCGUGGAUUUCAGCUGAUGUAUGAAAACAUGGUGUUCCACCUUAACUGCUUGAUUACCCUUGCAUUUUGGAAGUUCACAUUCUCCAUCCUGCUACAUCCAUUAUUCGCACUCUGUAACUCUUCCACUGAAGGUGAUGAUAUGGCAUUUGACGAGAAAACUGAAGAUGAACAUAACAACAACACCAAUAUGUGGCAAAAUAUCUUCAGAGCUGUAUUCUAUAUACUGCUCUUUCCUUUCUGGUUUGCUGUCACCAUCGCAGCAUUGAUUGUGUACCUGCUACCUGUCACCUAUGUUGCUUUUCGCAUCUGGAAAAUGAUGUUUAGGGUAGAGAUAGAGUGCAAAUGUUGUGAGUCUAUCCCUGUCGCUGUAAAGCUUCUUUCUCUUCCUGUACUUUAUAUUCUGUUUAUUAUUUUUUGUAUAUGUGUUGAAGCAUCAUAUUUUAUGCUUAUUCUUACCCUUAGUUUCAAUGUAGUUUUUCUUGGAAUUGUAAUUGGAUUUACUAUUAUGGGAAUUAUUUUCUAUAUUGAGGUCUACAUCCCAUAUGUGGUGAUUUCCUUAUGCUGCUUGUUUUAUGUCUGGAGGUCAGCUACCGGCUACUUUGCACAGUUUAAGCGACUGCAAAAUGCUUUGUUUGAGGAAUGUGAGAGACAUGAUUCUGAGAUUAAAGUAGAAGCGAGCAUCAAGGAAACGUUCAGCGUACCGAUACCACUAGAGAGAAAACCUUCAGCCUCUUCUUUGCAAAAGAGUACAAAGUCGUCAGCAUUUAUACUCAUUCAUUAUGAAGAAUAUGAUAUACCAAGCAUCCCCCUUGAUCUGUUUAUUUCUGCAUUCAACCUGCUAUUGCCAUUCAAAAGAGUAAUUUUUGCAAAAAUUCUCAAAGUUGCAUCAGAGUUUUUGUACUUGCUGGCAAUAUUUUCGUUUGUGAUGUCACUCGAUGAGUUCAGUGCAGGACAACCUGUGGUACAAGCACUUGCUUUGCUUCUUCUUGGAGCCAUACCUUUGCUAUUCCAGAAAAGUCCUCACGAGGCUACUGUCACUGAGGUAAAACGGCUCAGAUUCCAUAUCCAGGAACUGAUUGCUAAAUACUGCAAGAACUGUUAGGGUAUAAGAGACUGUCAAAAAAUGAGUACAGUGUGUCUUCUAUCUUUAAUCUUUAAAUCACAGUAAGCCUUAAUCACAUGUUUAUUGUGUUGUUGUUUAUGUGUAUUUGAUACUCUGUUGAUGUGAUAUUGAACACUGUUAGUGGCCACUUUCAAAGUGCAACUUUGGACAAAAUCACAUUUAAAUCUUUUAAAUUGGGCACUAUUUUUAUAGGGUGUUCCCCAACAAGAGAGUUGACUAAACUAAACUAGGAGUGGUUUGAUACCAAAUGGCAAUACACCAAUUUAAAUAGAUAUGAAAAAUGGUGAUAGACUUUAAAGCUGAAAUAGAGGUGAAUUAAUGUUAAUAGAUCAACACAUUGAUACUGACUUGACAAAUAUCAUCACAAGGACAUUUCAAUGGGUUAAAGAUAGGGGAGUGAGGUCGAACAAAAAUUCUGAUAUGUGGGUAUACUUUUCUCUGUUCUUCCUCGCCUAUCUUUAUCCAACUGUUACCUCUGUGUCUCCAAGGAUGUCGAAGAACAGGAAUAGAUCCAUUAUGUGUGAAGGCUUAUAUACAACUUGUAAUAGAUAACAGAAAUUUAUAUAUUGCAAUUCUAUAGAGAAAUAAAUAAUUUGGCAUUGA